ACGCCUAUUCGCACAACUGAUCUUGGCCAGAUCUUGACCCAUUAACACGGGUGCCGAUGUCAGAGCUGUGUCGCUUGGGGUAUUAAUAGCUGGUAAGCGGGAGCGGGGUUGUGUUGAGCGUACGCGCACUCCGCCUACGGGCCAUUCCACGAGAUCUCCGUGCGCCGGGACGAUGAUUGCGGGAAAAUGACAUCUCGAGGCAUAAGACGGAAGAAAUCCUCACUCUCCGAAGUGAAAGUGGCUGUGAUCGGUGCACCGUCCGUCGGCAAAAGCGCGCUGACGGUUCGAUUUCUCACUAAGAGGUACAUCGGAGAGUACGAUCAUCAACAAGAUAGCAAGUAUAAACACGAAGCUCUGCUAGAUGGCGAACCUAUACUUUUUGAAAUAUUGGACACGUGUCCAAAGAGUUUGGACGAGCUACCUGGCAACGAAAUAGCGCAAUGGGCUGACGGUCUCUUCCUGGUUUACUCAAUCACGGACCGCGAAUCAUUUAACUACGUGCGUCGAGCCAAGCAGAGUCUGCACCCAGAUGUGCCGCUCACACUUGUAGGCAAUAAGGCUGAUAUGGUACAUUUAAGACAGGUGAGUCCAGAAGAAGGUGAAAUAUUAGCGAAAGAUUUUGAAUGCAGCUUCGCAGAAGUAGCUGCAGCAGAACAAGUGAAUCAAGUCGGGGAGGUGUUUCAUGAACUUUGCCGUGAUGUGUUAUCACUCAGGAAACGGGCGAAGCACAGUUUGCUCGACAGAAUGCUCGGCUCGAAGAGCGCAUAUCGAGUCUAUUCCAGAGGGAAAAGUGACAGCGCUUUGCCCAAAGACUAAUUAUAGACAAUAUUAUGUGCAUUUAGUCACGUAAAGUUUGAUAAGUAGAUUGACCUUAUUUUGUGGUUGGUUGAUUAAAUGAUUUCAUUUCA